AUGUCUUCUUUGUUUGGUGUUAAUGUCAGGCAGGCCCAUGCCCAAAAUGACGGGACGGCAAAGAGUGGAGCUGCUUACGGGACGGCAAAGAGUGGAGUUGGUGUGGCGUCAAUGGGAGUAAUGAGACCAGAGUUAGUGAUGAAAUCAAUAGUAACUGUUGUUAUGGCUGGUGUGUUGGGUAUAUAUGGGUUGAUCAUAGCUGUUAUCAUCAGUACAGGGAUUAACCCAAAGGCUAAAUCUUACUACCUCUUUGAUGGUUACGCACAUCUCUCCUCUGGUUUUGCUUGUGGUCUUGCUGGUCUUUCUGCUGGAAUGGCCAUUGGUAUUGUUGGUGAUGCUGGUGUCAGGGCAAAUGCUCAACAGCCUAAGCUCUUCGUCGGGAUGAUUCUUAUCCUUAUCUUCGCAGAAGCGCUCGCUCUUUACGGGCUUAUUGUAGGAAUCAUCCUCUCUUCACGAGCUGGCCAGUCUAGAGCUGAAUGAUAUAGUAAUUAACCACAUCCACAUGAACCUUUACUUCUGUGUGCGUUUU